AUGAUGCUUCCGGUGUUCGUUGCGAUCCUCGUCUGCCUAGGCUACAUUUACCGAUCAUUUAAGCCUCCACCACCACGAAUCUGCGGCGUUCCUAAUGGUCCUCCGGUUACUUCUCCGAGAAUCAAACUCAGUGAUGGGAGACAUCUUGCUUAUAGAGAAUCAGGCGUUGAUAGAGCCAAUGCUAACUAUAAAAUCAUCGUUGUUCAUGGCUUUAACAGUUCCAAAGAUAUGGAAUUUCCCGUUUCUAAGGAUCUUAUUGAGGACCUUGGGAUAUAUUUCCUGUCUUUCGAUAGAGCUGGAUAUGGAGAAAGUGAUCCACACCCAUCACGCACAGUUAAGAGCGAGGCAUACGACAUUCAAGAACUCGCGGAUAAACUCAAGAUCGGACCAAAAUUCUUCGUUCUCGGGGUAUCACUCGGUGGUUACUCGAUUUACAGCUGCCUCAAAUACAUUCCACACAGACUAGCUGGAGCAGUCUUAGUGGUUCCAUUUGUGAGCUAUUGGUGGACUAGAGUGCCUCGCAACAUAUUGAACAAAGCGUUGGAACUAAUGCCAAAAAAUGACCAAUGGACGUUUAAAGUGGCUCAUUAUGCUCCGUGGCUGUUGUAUUGGUGGUUGACUCAAAAACUCUUUACGUCUUCGAGUAUGAUAUCUCGGACCAGUGCAUUAUCCAGCGACAGAGACUUGGCCAUCCAAAAGAAGAGGUCGGAGCAUCCAAGACCUGGCAUGGAAAAAGUUCGGCAACAAGGAGACCACGAAUGUCUUCACCGGGACAUGAUAGCUGGAUUCGCGACAUGGGAAUUCGACCCGACGGAAUUGGAGAAUCCGUUUGCGGAAGGCGAAGGAUCGGUCCACAUGUGGCAAGCGAUGGAAGAUAGAGUCAUUCCCCGCGAGAUUAAUCAAUAUAUAUCGCAGAAGCUUCCAUGGAUUAAGUACCACGAGGUUCCACAUUAUGGACAUCUUCUCAAUGCCGACGAACAUAAAUGCGAAGAAAUUAUAAAGGCGCUGCUUGUGGAGUGA